AUGACGUCCAAAGAGAUUGCUACAGAAAAACAGAGGCGUUCUCCGUUGGACCAUCUUCCACCUGCCGCAUCCUCUAACAAACCACUCACGCCGUUCAGCAUCGUGGACAUCCUCAGCAAACCCGCUGUAAGACGAGGAACAGCACUUAUCUUUGCGGAAAAACGCAGUCCACUGGGCCUCCCGCUGCUCAACCGGACACUUGUCGCCAAAGCAUCUCCACUGUGCGCUCUCGAAGAACUUGCCAGCAAAACCUUUAGGGGGCUUGAUGUUCUCCAAGCUGUAGAAGGAAGGGACUGUUUGACAGUAUAUGGUCAACGGCAUCAUAACCCAAAGAAACGCAGAAAGUCCAGGACCGCUUUUACCAGCAAUCAAAUCUACGAGUUGGAGAAGAGGUUUUUGUGCCAGAAAUAUUUAUCUCCAGCAGACCGGGACCAGAUCGCCCACCAAUUGGGGCUAACGAACGCUCAAGUAAUCACAUGGUUUCAAAACCGAAGGGCAAAAUUAAAGCGGGACUUGGAGGAGCUGAAGGCAGACGUGAAGUCUGCCAAAGCUAUCGGGAGUGUGCCUUUGGAGAAAUUGGACAAACUGGCCGAUUUGGAGCGACUUGUCAAUGGAACCGCGGGACACCUCUCAACAGACUCUCAGGCGGAAAAGGAGCUUCUGGUUUUCCCCACGUCUCCAUUUUCAGACCACACAGCUUGUAAAGAAAGCUCAGACGACGACGGCGAGGAGAUUGACGUAGGCCUAGAUGACUGAAAGGGGAAAAUAACUUGAAAA